AUGUACUGCACGCUGCUGAAGUGCCUGGGCGCCGAGGGGCGGCUCGAGGAGGCCAGGGGGGGAGGCGUCCUCAACGCAUUCCUCGACGUGUGCGUGACCUGCAACGACGCGCGGGCAGCCGAGCGCGUGUUCGCGCAGGCGCGGGGCGACGAGGCGGCGGUCGGGCUCGCGUUCGGGGACGGGCCGGCGGGCAGCAGCGCACUGAUCGGGAACGGCGAGCUGCGGCGCGCGCGGGCCGUGAUGGAGUCGAUGCGGGGCGCCGGGCUGCUGCCCAACGUGGUCACGUUCAACGAGCUCAUCGACGCCACCCUGCGGACCAGCCCCAAGGACGCAUGGGCCCUGAUCGACGAGAUGAGGGCUCGCGGCCUGCAGCCGAGUCAGGUCACCUGCUCGAUACUCCUGAAGAGCAUCGGCCGCGCGUCCAAGGCCACGGACCACGACAUCGAGCGCACCUUGGCGGUCCUGGACUCCGUGGGCGAGAGUAUGGACGAGGUGCUGCUGUCGUCGGUGUGUGAGGCGUGCAUCCGCGCGGACCGCGCGGACCUCCUGCGAGCGCAGCUCCAGAAGCGGGGCGGCCUCGGCGGCGUCAAGGUGAGCGGCGCGCACACGUUCGGCAGCAUCAUCCGCGCGCACGGCUUCGUGGGGGACCUGGAAGGCAUCUGGGCCAGGUGGCGCGAGAUGCGCCAGCGCGGCAUCCGGCCAACAUCCAUCACCAUGGGGUGCAUGGUGGAGGCCCUCGUCACGAACGCCGGGCCGGAGGCCGGCCACGCCCUCAUCCGCGAGGUGCGGGGCGACAAGGACCUCUGCGACCUGGUCAACGCGGUGAUCUACAACUCGGUGCUGAAGGGCUACGCGCAGCAAAAGCGCCACGCCGACGUGUGGGCCGUGUACCAGGAGAUGCUCAGGGACCGGCUCCAGUUCUCCAUCGUGACCUACAACACGAUCGUGGACGCGUGCGCCAAGUGCGGCGAGAUGGACAGCAUCCCUGGCGUGAUGGAGGAGAUGUCUCGGCAGCACAUCGAGCCCAACGUGAUCACCUACAGCACCAUCCUGAAGGGGUACGUGCAGGAGAACCAGCUGGAGAAGGCCUUCCAGCUGCUGGACGAGAUGAAGCUCACAAAGGACCUCCGGCCAGACGAGAUCGGGGCGGUGGCGGACAACACGCUUUUGGACGGCUGCGCCCGCCGCGCCCUGUUUGACCGAGGCGUGGCGCUGCUCAGGGACAUGGAGGAUGCGGGCGUGAAGCCCAGCAACUUCACGCUGUCGGUGCUGGUGAAGCUGGCGAACCGCAGCCGGCGACUGGACCAGGCGUUCGAGCUCUGCGACAGAGUUUCCCGCAAGCAUUGCCUCCGGCCGAAUAUCCACGUGUUCAACAACCUGAUGCAGGCGUGCACCGCCCACAAGGACCACGACCGUGCGCUCCAGGUCCUCGCCCGGGCCGCGGAGGAGGGCGUGCGCCCCGACGCGCGCACCUACGGCAUCCUCCUCCGCGGCUGCGCCGUGGCGGGCGACCUCACCCGCGUGGCUGACCUGGUCCGCGCCGCCUACGGCCUGCGCGGGGGCGCCGUGGCCGCCGCGUGCUGUGGCGAGGACGCUGCGGCUCUCCAGGUGCGCGGCGGCCUGCCCUUCGAGCUGCUGUCCGAGGCCUUCGCGGGGCUGCGGGGCCAGCAGGAGGAUGUGGCCCUGGAGCUGCUCCGGGAGAGCCCCCCCCCGGGCUGGGCGAGUGAGCAUCGACGG